AUGGAGAGUGAUUCCUACCGCCCCGGACCACUAGAAGGUGGACGAACAAGUGAAUAUAGACAUCAGCGCGAUAGAUCUCGUUCUCCGCGUCGUCGUUCGCCAGACCAUCGUGAUCGUGCAAGAUCUCGAAGCCGGGACGAUUAUAGAAGGCGGCCUUCUCGUUCGCCUAUGAGUGGCAGUGGACAUCCAGGCGGAUACACUGGUUCAGGAUACGCAGGUAGUGGAGGAGUCGGUGGGCCUCGCCGAAGCUACGAAGAACGCGCCGCUGCCAAAGACGCCAUGAUGCAGAGUCUCCGUGACAGCUCCCAACAAGACCGCCGCGUCUACGUCGGCAAUCUUUCAUACGAUGUCAAAUGGCAUCAUCUCAAAGACUUCAUGCGACAAGCUGGAGAAGUACUCUUCGCAGAUGUCUUGUUACUCCCGAAUGGAAUGUCAAAGGGAUGCGGGAUUGUGGAAUAUGCCACAAGGGAUCAAGCGCAAACUGCUGUUAACACCCUCAGCAACCAAAAUUUAAUGGGUAGAUUAGUCUACGUUCGCGAGGAUCGUGAAGCCGAGCCUCGUUUUACCGGGCAGCAGAGUGUCCGCCCACCUUAUGGCGGUGGGCCCGGAGGACCCGGAGGACCCGGCGGACCCGGUGGUUACCCCGGCGGCGGCGGAUACAAUGGUCCUCCCGGAGGCGGCCCCCCUCCUGGUGGUAUUCCUGGGGCUGGCGGUCGCCAGAUCUACGUAUCUAAUCUCCCGUAUACAGUUGGCUGGCAGGACUUGAAAGACUUGUUCCGUCAAUCUGGGUCUGUUGUUCGUGCUGAUGUUCACAUUGGCCCCGAUGGGCGCCCCAAGGGCAGUGGAGUCGUAGCUUUUGAGACACCAGAAGAUGCACGCCAAGCUAUUCAACAGUUCAACACCUAUGAAUGGCAAGGGCGUCAAUUGGAGGUCAGAGAGGACCGCUUUGCUGGCUCGUCUGGUGGGUUCGUUGGAGGCCGUGGCGGAUUCCCUGGUGCUCGUGGUGGCUUUGGCGGCGGCUUUGGCCGCGGUGGCUUCGGAGGCCGUGGAGGGUUCGCAGGUGGCUACGGCGGAGGUCGUGGAGGCUUUGGAGGUGGUGCUGGGGGCGGUUAUAGUGGAGCGCCUUCCGCAGGAGUGGGCGAUAGUAGCUAUGCUUCAGUACCUCCCAACGACUUCACGGACCAUGCCACCAGUGGAGGGGAGCGCAGCCCUACUAUCUACGUCCGCAAUCUUCCUUGGUCAACUAGCAACGACGAUCUGGUCGAGUUGUUCAAUACCAUUGGCAAGGUUGAACGCGCCGAGAUCCAAUACGAGCCGAAUGGCCGUUCAAGAGGAACUGGUGUCGUUCAAUUCGAUAGUGCAGAGAAUGCCGAGACAGCAAUCACCAAGUUCUCAGGCUACCUGUAUGGUGGUCGCCCCCUAGGUCUGACCUUUGUUAAGUACACCACCAACACUUACAAUAACGGCGGCGGGGAUGCCAUGGAGGUAACUGAGCCAGCUUUGACUCAAGAUCAGAUCAUGUAA